UCAGGUGGAGGCGUCUUUGGACUAGUAUGUAAGAAGAACCGCUUCAGACGGACAUCUGUGGUCUUCCUAGCGAUGGUCGUCCAUUUUGUUGCCUUUUACUUGAUCUACCUCAACAUCCCAGAUGAUGCCCCUGUGGUUUUAAAAACUAGCACACUGAACAAGCCAUAUCUGACACCAAGUAUCUCCAUCGCAUUGCUGUGUAGUUUCCUGCUUGGACUCGGUGACAGCUGUUUCAACACUCAACUGUACAGCAUCUUGGGGCGUGUUUAUGCUGAGCAAAGCGCGCCUGCUUUUGCCAUCUUCAAAUUCAUCCAGUCCAUUUUUGCAGCAGUUGCCUUCUUCUACAGUGGCUACUUGCUGUUGACAUGGCAACUGCUCAUUAUGGUCAUCCUGGGUUUCACUGGAACACUCUGCUUCUUCAUGGUGGAAAGAAUACAGAACUUCUCUGUAGACCUACAACAAGAGUAUUAGGACCUGUCAUUUCAACACUGGCACAGUCAUGUAUGUCAGACUUACAUUUAUAGGUUUUUUAACAGGAAAGAUACUU